AUGUUUCAGCGAACAACACUGCGCUGCUACAGCGCUCUCGUCGGCCAGGCGACGCCGGUGCUUCUAGGCAGCAAGGGCGGCACGCCAAAGCGCAAGAAGAACCCAAUGCAGCUCCGUCGCAAGACGUACGGCCUUCACUUCAAGGAGCGCUACCUCAAGCUGGAGGAGUGGUACUUUUGCCCUCUCUGCGCAGAGCCGAAGAAGCAAGGUGAGUGGUGCCGACGUGAGGACUGCCGUCAAAUCAAGCCAUAA